GACUGAGAAAACUGGUAAUACGUGGCAAAUUAAAAUCAGAUACUCUGUUCCUGGUUGAAGUGUACAAAUCAUGGAAAUUCUGAAUUUAUCAAAGCCAAAAUUUCAAUUUUCUUUUCCUACAAUAUCCUCGGAGGGGAAUGCUUUCCAAAACAAUUGAGUGAUGCUGACGAAGAGUUCUACCUCCCAUUAGAGGUAUUUUAGCCAUGAUUAUCAAGAAUAAUAGGAUGGAGUAGAUUUAUUCCAUCUUAUCUGCAAUCGGAAGUUUUCAGGACAAUCUUACAAGUAGCAUCCUCCAGUUCUGGGGCAAAUGAGUUGGGACAUACAUACGCAGGCAACUUACCAUAGUUCUUGCUGCUAACCUUUCUGAAGAAGUUGUGAUCUGCAACCAUGUCUGCUUGGCUCAGUCUUCAGUGAGAAAUGUGAGACUCAGACACAGCCAAAGGAGCACAAUAGUGAAAUCAUCACUCUAAUGCUUUCCUUAAGGAAGGAACAUACAUCCUCAAGAUGGGAAGUAACAGCACAAACAGUAUAAGAACAAAGUGCACUGAUCUUCAAGUGUCAUUUCAGUACUCUCUCUAUGCAACCACUUACAUCCUCAUAUUCAUCCUUGGUCUUCUGGCCAACUGUGCAGUCUUGUGGGUUCUGUGCCACUUCAUUGGCAAGAAAAAUAAAGCCAUCAUUUUCAUGAUCAACCUCUCUGUGGCUGACCUUGCUCACAUGCUGUCCUUACCCCUCCGGAUUUACUAUUACAUCAGCCACCACUGGCCCUUCCAGAAGGCCCUUUGCCUGCUGUGCUUCUACCUGAAGUAUCUCAACAUGUAUGCCAGCAUUUAUUUUCUGACAUGCAUCAGCCUUCAGAGGUGUUACUUUCUGCUCAAACCCUUUAGGGCCAGAAACUGGACGCGUAGGUAUGAUGUGGGCAUCAGUGCUGCCAUCUGGAUCAUUGUGGGGACUGCCUGUUUGCCACUUCCAAUUCUGAGACAUUCUGGCUUAACCAACAACACUGAAUCCUGCUUUGCCGAUUUAGUGUUUCAACACAUUAGCAUGGCUUCCUCCAUUGGCAUGAUAACUGUAGCUGAACUUGGAGGGUUUUUUUUACCUGUUGUAAUUAUUACUUAUUGCACAUGGAAAAUGAGAAAAUCUUUACAAGAAUUCCAAGUUCCCCUUCAGAAUACCAAAGAGAGAAAAAAGGCUUUGUGGAUGGUCCUGAUGUGUGCAGUGGUGUUCAUUGUGUGUUUCACUCCUUACCACUUCAACUUCCCAUUCUUUAUGAUGGUGAAUGUCUUUUCAAACUGUUCCUUUAUUAAGAGCACCAUAUGUUUUCAUCAUUCUCUAUGUCUUGCGAAUCUGAAUUGCUGUCUUGAUCCCAUUGUAUAUUAUUUUAUGACCUCAGAAUUCCGUGAUAGGUUUUUGGAACACAGUGGUUUGGCUCUUCAGUCAUGUGUGAAAUGCAAAGACAGUGCUUUAGAAAUUCAUCACAGGAAGGAGGAUCUUCAAACUAUCUCCCUUGAAAUUUUGAAUGAUUCCAAGACAUUGUAAUCAAAUUACUAGCUAGAAUAAUCUAUGUUCUCUAUCGGUUUAGCUAUGUCACCUUGAAGAUUUUUUUAAAAAAUAAAUGGUAUUUUGAGUGCCUUAACAAAACAUGGCCUCCUUCCUUUCAACCUCAAAAUGAUCCCUUUGAAGGAAUUAUUCAUGACUAUAUUUUCUAUCCAAAUGGAAACAUAUUGUUAUAUGGAGCAUAUAAUAAAAUAUCUUUCUUUACAGAAAGUAAUAAGCA